AUGUCUCUUUGGACAAAACCCGCCGUUCCAGAUGCUCCUCCAAGGGAUGUGGCAGAUACCGGUCUUGCAGAUACUGGUCUUGCAGAUAUAGCUCUGCCUGCAUCUGCUCCAGUAUCUCAAACGUCUGAUAGUGUUUCUAUGGCACGGCCUGAGCUUGGGAGAAACCAAUCUCAGCCUCCCCCACCACAUCAACCCCCACCACCACCUUCACCACAGCAGAUGGUUGGCACCCCGAACGAUUCGCUCUCCUUAAUGCAACUGAAAAAGCUCGUUACCGAAUUCCCGAAAAUCGAUCCUACGUCAUAUACUUUUGUUUAUAGCGAUACAGCAACGUACGAAGAAGAAGUGGAUGAGUGGUUUUCGUAUAAUGAGGCAGAGUUCAAAAGAUUACACAGAGCAAAGAAUACCUUUCAAAGAAGAUGGAGGAAGCUUUCCGAAAAAUCUUGGGUCGAAGCUGAUAGAGGGGAACAACUGAAGUUCGUCAAGAGGGAAGUUCAGGGCCUGCAUGCUAGCGAUCUGCGAAGGAGAUGCAAGAGUUUACAAACUUUAUUACAUGUUAUACUGGGUGUUUGGGAUGAGAAAGCCGGAAAGAAGAAGGAAUUGGAGACGAUUCAAUCGAGUGGAACAAAGGAAAGAACGAAAGCAACGCCUUCUCAAGUCGAAAGUAUGAAGAUGAGCAUAUCAAUUCUUGCAGAGAGUGGUGGUAUCGAAAUGGUUUAUGAAGUCAUGCAAACCGCCUUCAAACAUUUAUGGGAUGAUGAGUUCCGAGAAACAAAAAUAACGGAAGAUGAUAUUCCUUUUGUACAGGAUGAGCUCGAUAACGUUAUGACUAUCUUUUAUUUGACAAUAGAAGGUGUUCGUUGUCAUACGGAAACAUUGGACAUUGCCAGGAAGAAACUUCUGGAAUUGGAUCCAAUUAUUGUCAAUUAUCUGUUGACGAUUACUGGAAAAUUACGGUGGGAUGAGGCCAACGAAUUACCCCAGACACGAAUUUUUCUUCUCUUCUGGAAAUCGAUAUUACUCGUAUUUGGAGGUACUAAGGAAAUCGACAAAGUCAAAAAAGCAACCGAUGAACUGGCCAAUAGCGGAGGUGAGAAGAUAAUCACAGCCUCACCUCUUGAUUACCAUAUAUUUCGUCAAGAAAUCACUUCAAAGUAUCCUGCAUAUAUCCCCCCAGAACCUUUAAUACCCCUAGAGCCCGAUAAUAAUUCCAUACUACCACCAUUACCAAAUCGACCAAGUCGAGCCAGUACAACUGGUAUAUUAAACCCCUCAGGAAACGUCAAUAGUAGCGGAGCUUCGAUUCUUCAUCAGCCAGUUCACAUCGCUACACCUGCUCCGUCACCACCUCCGUCACCACCAGUUGGAGGUAAAGCAGGUAAGAAGCAGAACUACCAAACAAAUCAAAACUUUCCAUUUAUGUAUCCACCUCUUGAUAGUACUAGUAACAGUGCUGGGGGCAGAGGUACUGCAGGAUUGCAGGAUAUACUAGUGGGUCGAAAAUGGGAAGGAAGUGAUAUUCCUAAGUCGAUAUUGGAAGCCGGUGAACUGUUUGCGGGUAGAAUGCGAAUGACUAGAGCAAUGCGUCAGUUAUGGGAUGAACGAGAACGUUUCUUGAAAUUUGAACGUGGAUGGGAUAAUAGAGAUGAUGAGGAUAUUGAAGAACUUGAUCUCGACCGCAUUUUGGCCGAAGGACUCAAGUCCCGAAAGCCAAAAUCACCAAAAGUAGAAGUUGAUUACGGACCACGACUAGAUAUCAGUGAUGAGGUGAAAAGGAAGUUGGACUUGGUAGAGUCUUUUUACCAAUAUUCUAUUCCACAUCUACAAUCCCUUGUUAUAGUGCUUAUCAAGGCUUUGUUGGCGAAUAUUACGAAUUUGAUGAAUCAGCCAACGAAUGCUCAACCACAGAGUAGCAUUCCUAUCAGUGCACGAACCAACGGCGCCAGACCAGUUCAAGGACAAGAUCCCGCCAGUAUACCUCUACCAAAUUCGACUGAUCUCGCAGACCUCACGGUAGAGGAAAUUGAGGCAAUGAGAUUCAGAGAAAUUACCUCAAAAGCAGUAUCUGGCAUUCUUCUUAUUGUCCUAAAAUGGCUGAAAGUUUCUCAUAUUCUCAAAUUCGAAUACUUCACUCAACUCCUACUAGAUUCCAAUUAUCUUCCUUUGAUUCUUAAAAUGUUCGCCCAUCAAGAGAUAGAUAGAAUCGUGGACAGCAGAAUAGAUCGUGAAGACUUGAGCUUCUUCGCAUUUUGCAACGGCAACAGCAAACAUGCCUUGGUCACCACUGAAGAAGAUAGUGAAGAUGACGCCGCUCCACCUCCAAUCAAACUACAGCGGGACCAUACCACAAGUAAUGCCGACGGUCAACUUCCAGCACUAGCUUUCCAAGAAGGUCAACAUGCAGCUCGUCGAGAUACAGAGAUUGAUGAACUUGGCUUUCAGACCGCUGAGGCCAAUUUAGAACCCAUCACUGAAUUUUCCUGGCGCAAUUUUUUCUCCUCUAUCAACUUCCUUCGCAUCAUGCAAAAGAUUUGUAAGAACAAAGCUCAUCGGAAUUUACUUCUCGUUCAAUAUAAAUCAUCCAACAUCCUCAAGAAGUCUUUUAAAAUCCCCCAACCCGAACUUCGUCUUUAUACUCUCAAAUUGUUUAAAAACCAAGUACCGUACUGUGGUCGAAAAUGGAGGCAGGGAAAUAUGAGAGUUAUCACAGCGGUGUACCUACACUGUAGACCUGAAUUAAGAGAUGAUUGGCUGGCAGGUAGUGGUAUAGAUGCUGAAGUUGAAGAAGCAUUACCACUAGAACAGGCGUUGAGAGCGUUGACACAUUGGUUUAAUCUGAGGAGGUAUCCUGAAAGAAUGGGUGCUGACACAAAGUUAUUGCAAGAAGAACAUGACUUCUUCACGAGAGAAUUGGAUGGGAUGGAGAUUGGAUUGGAGGAGAUGGGUAUGGGAAAUGGAGAGGAAAGUAUGGAUUGUAGUGUAUGGGGAGAUGGAAGCAGUGCUUGGUGA